CAGUAUGAGAGUCUGGUGUAACAAACCGGGGCUGGCGGAACUUCCGCUGCCUCACCCAAUAUGGCGGCCACGAGUGACGGACGUGACGUCAUCCGUGUGGACAGAUAGAGGUAGUAAGGAAGUAAUAGGAACACCGGCUGAGGUGACAGGAUGGAGGCGAUACGUACGGUGCUGGUCCCGGGGAUUCUACCGGAGCGCUGCUACGAUGAGUUCUUCCUCAACUACAACCUGCUGCACGUUGAAUGUCUGAAACUCCUGAUCAGUAAGAUCCUCGGCAUCGGGAUCAUCGUCGGCUCUGUAAUGGUGAAGGUGCCGCAGAUCAUGAAGAUUGUGCGCUCGGGCACGGCAGAGGGGCUCAGCUUCCAGUCCGUUCUCCUGGAGUUAUUGGCACUGUCAGGCACCAUGGUGUACAGCAUUACCCAUGGCUUCCCCUUCAGCUCUUGGGGUGAGGUCCUCUUCCUCAUGAUACAGACGCUGAUCAUCGGGUUCCUGAUCCAGCAUCUGGGAGGACGCACCACGCUGGGUGUCCUGUUCCUGGGUGUGUACUUCGCUAUAGUCGGUGUCCUUCUGUCUCCUGUCAUACCCAUGGUUGCCGUCACUGUCCUACAGGCCACCAACAUGCCCGCCGUCAUCAUUAGCCGACUUAUACAAGCAGUGACUAACUAUAGGAAUGGUCACACGGGUCAGCUAUCGGCAGUGACGGUCUCGCUAUUAUUCCUGGGCUCCCUGGCUCGGAUCUUCACUUCGGUUCAGGAGACCGGAGACCCCCUCAUGGCUCUCACCUUCAUAGUGUCCUCCUCAUGUAAUGGACUGAUUUUUGCUCAGUUGCUUUACUACUGGAAUGUCAGCUCUGCGGGCGACAAGAAGAAAAAGAAGAAGCGAAACUAAAGAUUAGAUUUUUAUGUGAACAUUUCCCAAUCUUAGUGUGUCCAUCCAUGUCCUCCCCUCUGGACCCGCCGGGUUGUCCACGACUUCUGAAAUUCCAAUAAAUUCUUAU